AUGGCCGACUCAAUCCUUUUCGAAGAUACCUUCACCAUUACCUCAGUCAAUAACCAAAAGUACGACUUUGUUUCGCGUUUGACUUGCACCUCCAACGAUGCGCUUAUGUCUUUCACUCUCGAUGUGAACACUCAGCUCUUCCCAUGCUCCGUGGGCGAAUCGUUGUCUUUGGCUCUGACCCCUACCUUGACCAUUGGCGGCAAGGAGGAAAGCCGCGCAAGCUGGAGAGAAGUCGCCGCCGGUGAUGUUUCACUCGCUAAUGACUGGGACUACGUCUGCCACGGCAAGGUGUAUCGGUUCGAAGAGGGCGCGACUAAGGAUACUAUGGCUGUCUUUGUGUCAUUUGGUGGAUUGCUGCUUAACUUGGAGGGUCCUUACAAGAAACUUUCUCCGCUGCGGAUCGACCACAUGUAUCUGCUCCUCAAGAAAUAG